AUGGAUAAGGUUAAGAUACUAGUACUAAAUCCAUCUGAUAAGAUAGAUGAAAUAGUAACAAAGUCCAAUCUUCAACAUGCAAAGAACGGACCUUUUGGAUCUAUCAUCCUUCUCAACAAAGUCCCUAAACCUGUAAAGGAUUUCCAUCAACAGACAUAUUUCUUUGGUGAACCCCAAGUGGUAAGUGAUAAUUUAACAAGUGUUAAAGGAUUAGUUAAAUUGAGCAGCGGGGUUACGAUAUGCUUCAUGGGAGACGGAUCUGAGGAAAUCGAUGUCGGAAAGCAUCAAGUUGAUAUUCUUGUGGCCAACGAUUUGCCUAUGAUUUAUAGUACAACUGGAAAUUUGAAUAUUGAUAAAAUGAUCAAGAAGACAACUCCAAGAUAUGUAUUUGUUAGAGGAGAAUUCAAAGAAUACGAACCUUUUGAAUGGGAUAGUGGAAUUGUGACAAGAAUGAUCAGCUUGGCUGAAGAAGGUCAAGGAAAAUGGUUUUAUGCUUUCAACAUAUCCAGUAAAAGUAGUGAGAUUGAUAGAAGAUCAUUAGUUAUGAAUCCCUUCACCAAGAAAAGACAAUUAGACUCGGACUUGGAGUUGGAGAAAGUAGAAAAAAAGAAAGCAAAAGUUGUCACUCCAGAUCAGUGUUUCUUUUGUUUAUCAAACCCCAAUGUGGAGACUCAUAUGAUUGUUGAAAUCAACAAGUUAACAUAUUUAACUAUUGCUAAAGGACCUUUAACCAGAUAUAAUAAAAUCAUACCGUUUGCUGGACAUGGGAUUCUUAUACCGGUAGAACAUAAGCCUUUCAUUUCUGUUGAUGAACCCGUGUAUGAAGAAUUAACCAAUUAUGAACUCAAAUUGUUUGAAAAAUUCAAAUCGAAAUAUCCUGAAUUUGUCCCUAUAUUCUUCGAAAUCAACUUGAAAUCCAAUAUUCAUUAUCAUAAACAGUUUUUACCUAUUAAUGAAAGAUUUUUAAGUAGUAACGCAUUCGAGAAAUGCUUGAAUGAACGUAGUACCUUGAACAAUGAAAAAUACAACAAAAAUCAUAAGUUGAAAUUCAAUAAGGUUCUUGAUUUAGACACCUUGAAAGACCAACAGUUCAUCAUGUUCAGAGUGUACGAAAGUAAAGUCCCAACCAUAUAUGUCUGUAUAAUAGAUGAUGUUGAUAAAUCUAUAGAUUUACAAUUUCCUAGAAGAGUUCUUACGGAUAUUUUACAAACACCUAAAAGAUUAUACUGGGACAAAUGUAAACAGGGAAAACAUCAAGAAAUGAGGGAAUGUGAGGAAUUCAAGAAGUUUCUUCUAUGA